AUGAAAGCUCCUUGGCAUUUCGCAUCGCCAUCUUUCUCUCGCGAUCUCCGUUUCCUGCAGGAGUAUUCUGUGAUCAUGGCGAUUCGACCACUGCCCAGCAGUCUCACUGGAGACGACGUCGUCUGCUACUCCCCGAAGUUGCUCGCCAUCGAAGGUGUCUGGCAAAAUGUCGACCCCCUCGACUACGACCUGCCGCUUUUCAUGAUCCAAAUCAUUAUCAUCGUCGUCGCCAGCCGCGCUCUCGACUUCCUCCUCCGGCCCCUCCGCCAGCCACGCGCCUUCGCUGAGAUCAUCGCCGGCAUUAUUUUGGGACCGACGUUGCUCGGCCAGGAGCAUGGCUUCGCCCGCACCAUCUUUCCGCCGCAGAGCAUCUUGACGCUCGAGACGGCGGCUCAUAUCGGCCUCACGUACUUCAUCUUCCUCGUCGGCGUCGAGAUGGACGUCGCGUUGCUACGGCGCGCGGGGCAGAAGUCCAUGGCGAUCGGAGUGGUCGGCGUGGUUCUGCCCUUCGGCGUCGGCUCCGCCACCGCCUUCGCGCUGCGGAGCCUCGUCUCCGAGGCCAUGGACAGCGUGCCGUUCUCCCUCUUCUUUGGCGUCGCCAACUCUGUCACCGCCUUCCCCGUCCUCGCUCACAUCCUCGCCAAGACCAAGCUCCUCAACUCCGAGAUCGGUCGCAUCUGCGUCUCCGCCUCCUUCAUCAGCAACGGCAUCAUGUGGUUCAUAUUCAUCAUCACGAUUAGCGUCGCGGAGCCGGAAGCCGAUCCGCUGUCGUCUCUCUGGAUCACUCUCUCCUACGUUGCCUUCCUCAUCUUCUGCUUCGUCUGCCUCCGGCCAAUCGUGCUCUGGCAGCUGCAGAGGAUCCCCGAAGGCCAACCGGCGAGCGACUUCGACGUCUGCCUCCUCCUCAGCAUUAUGAUGCUCGCCGGAGUAUUGACGGAGGCCAUCGGGUUUUACUCUGUUUCCGGCGCCGUCUUCUUCGGCCUCAUGGUUCCCGACGGCCCCAUUCGAGUGGCCCUGAGAGACAAGAUGCAAGACAUCGUCGCCGGCAUUAUGCUGCCGCUCUACUGCGUCACCAGCGGGCUCAAGACCGAUUUGAGAACGAUCAAUGAAGACUGGAAAUUGGCCGGCGUUCUCGUUCUAAUCUCUGUUCUCGCCGCCUUCGCUAAAGUCGUCUCCACCUUCAUCAUCGCCGUCAUGUACACCAUGCCGCUGAGCGACGCCCUCACGCUCGGCUUCCUAAUGAACACCAGAGGCAUCAUCGCGUUGCUCAUCCUGAACAUCGGACGCCGCAAGGGAGUGAUCAGCGAGGAAUCAUUCGCGCUGAUGAUAAUGAUUUCUCUGUUCAUGACGGCGGUGGCCACACCGGUGAUAACGUACUUGCAAAGGCCGUUUAGGCGCAUCGUCGGGUACAAGCGGCGCAAUUUGCAACGAUCAAAGCCGGACACGGAGCUCCGUGUGCUGGUGUGCGUCCACAACACCCGCAACGUGCCGGCCAUCAUCACGCUGCUCGAAAUCUCUUGCCCCACCAAGAGAUCGCCCAUUUUCAUCUACGCCGCCCACCUCGUUGAGCUCGCCGGCCGCACCUCCACCUUGCUGAUCGGCCACAGCUCAGAGGGCGAUAGGAGAAGGCCGAUAGGGAUCUCCGAUCCGCAGGGGCAGGCCGACCACGUCUUCCACGCCUUCGACAACUACGAGAAGCAGGCCGGCGGUGUGUCGGUGCAGACGCUGAGCAUCAUCUCACCGUACUCGAGCAUGCACGAGGACAUCUGCAACCUGGCGGAGGACAAGCACGUGACCGUCAUCAUCCUUCCCUUCCACAAGCAGCAGACCGUCGACGGCGGGCUGGAGCCCAUCAACGCCUCCCUCAAGAUGAUGAACGAGAACAUCCUCGCCGCCUCGCCCUGCUCCGUUUGCAUCCUAAUCGACCGUGGGCUGAGCAGCAGGAGCCGCCUGUCCCGCGACGAACGCUUCUCCCACCACAUUGCACUGCUCUUCUUCGGCGGUGCAGACGACAGGGAGGCGCUCUCCUACUGCCGGCGUGUGAUCGAGAACCCCACCGUCGGCCUCACUGUCGUGAGGUUCGUGCCGGAGGGGAAACUGGACGACGAGUACUUGAACGAGUUCCGGGUGCGGUACGCCGGGAACGAGUCGGUGGUGUACGCUGAGCACGUGACGAGCAACGCAGUGGAGACGGUCUCGGUAAUCAGGGAGAUGGGGGACACGCACGACCUGUACGUGGUUGGGCGGAGCCAGUCGGAGGAGGCGGCGACGCUCACUUCGGGGCUGACGGAGUGGGCAGAGUGCCCGGAGCUAGGGCCUAUCGGGGAUUUGUUGGCGUCGUCAGACUUCGCCAUGUCAGUGUCCGUGCUGGUGGUGAAUCAAUACGUGGCAAGGCCGCCGCCUGCCGGAGGACAUGCGGCGGGGGAUGACGGGGGGCAUCGGACGCCGUUGCAACGGUUGAUGAGCCAUGUCAAUCCGAGGUCAUUGGCGACGGCCGCCGAUGCAGGGAUGCCGCAGGCUGCCGCCAGAAUUUAA